GGUAGGACCCACAAUCUCUCUCUUCGUCCACCGCACCAAACCUCACCUUUCCCAUUUACUACUUUGUCUUCCCCUUCUGCUCCAAACUCAAUUAAUCCAAUUUCCAUUCCUUCUCAAAUACUAUCAAAACUAUCUUCUUUCUCUCUUUCAAUUUCAAUUCUUUUGAAUGCAAGGUGUUUUUGGUGGCGGCAGCGGUGUAAGUGGCUCUAUGUCGACGGUGUCCAGGGAGGAUAACGCCACCGCUAUGUCAUCGGAGGAUUCUUCUAGCCCAGAUGAGUCUGAGCUCGAGCUGGGUCUUGGAUUGUGUAUUGGUGGUUUUAAAGCUCAACAUACAGUUAAGGGUAAUCAGUAUGCGAGGAUUUUAACGGCUAAGGAUUUGCCUUCUGUUGUUUCUGCGUCUUCUUCUUCUUCAACGUCUUCUUCUUCUUCUACUUUGAGUAGAGUUAAUGCUACGGCUGGGACCAAGAGGAGUGCUGAUUCUGUUUCUGCCCCUAAUGGUGCUGCUUCUAGCAGUCAAGUAGUUGGAUGGCCUCCAAUAAGAGCAUAUAGAAUGAACACCAUGGUUAACCAGCCAAAGUCAUUGGCCACUGAAGAAUUUAACUCAAUGAUAGGGAAAACUAAAUGCAAGAAUACUGUGGUGGAGAAGGCUAAUAAUGGAAGCAAUAUGAACAACAAUACUUCCAAGGUUAGGACUUCACUCUUUGUCAAGGUGAAUAUGGAUGGAAUACCUAUAGGAAGAAAGGUUGAUCUGAAUUCUCAUGGCUGCUAUGAGGCCUUAGCCCAAAGUUUGGAAGAUAUGUUCCUCCGACCCAGUCCAACCAUCAAUGCAAUUAGGUCAAGUGCAACAGAGCAUAAUAUAAUGGCAGAUCCUGCAAGACGCCCAAAAUUGCUGGAUGGUUCAUCUGAGUUUAUGCUCACUUAUGAGGAUAAGGAAGGGGAUUGGAUGCUUGUUGGUGAUGUUCCUUGGGGGAUGUUCCUUGGCUCUGUCAAGAGGCUCAGAAUCAUGAGGACAUCUGAGGCAACUGGACUUGCUCCAAGGUUGCAACAAAGGAAUGGGAGACAGAGAAGCAGGCCUAUCUAACUUUCCCCAUUAAAUUUGAGUAAGAUGAAGACAGUUAUGGCUUGAAGAGUGAUAUACAAAGAAGAAAAUAGAUAAUAAUGAAAGCAUUUUGAAAAGUAAUGAAUGGUUUUUUUCUAAGGCUUCAUGUUGGUUUUUUGGUUGCUGUAUUAUCAUAUCAUGCAAUUUGUUCAUUCUUGUUUUACUUUUGAAAAUGCUCACCACACUUUUUGAAAGAUACUACCACUUUACUUUUUGGUGUAAUAUACACAUGCAUACUUGCAUAAUCGGCAAAUGCUGUUACCGAUCUUGUAAAUCCCAGAGUGCUUAAUUGCUUUCUCAUGCAUAUGAAUGCUAAGAAAGUUUCUCCUUGAGAAUCUUAGUUUAUAUUUGCGAGGUCU